UUAGUUUUGCAUUUUCAGCAAUAAAUCACAAAUUAGAAGAUGUGAGAAUUGAGAGUUAGUGAAGUCGCAAAUUUUAUUUUUAUUGCCGCUGUCCCGGAGCUCGACGAUGCUCAACUGUCCGGCUCAGAAGCAAGUCGAUUGUUUGCAUUGUUUUCAAUUGUUUCGUCAAUAAAACUUUGUUUAAUUCGCCAAAGCUGUCGUAAAACUUCUGUUCGAUGGUUUAUACACACCUGAAGCUAAAUACCUGAACAGCCAGUAAAAAAGUGUGAAAAAUCACAGAUAAAAUUAGCCAAAAACACGAUUUUUUACUGCUUUUCUUUCUUUCUCGACGAAUAUUAGUUUCACACUUACUUCGCUUAAUCAAGCCACUUCUAAACAAUUAAGUGCUCAUUUAAUUGUUACAUGUAUUCGUUACAUAUAUUGUUUUUUUGUCAGGUAACUAUUUAUCACAAUUGAUGAAAACACCAAUGGGCUCGAUAAGGCAAAACAUUGACAAAAAUUUAUAGGAUCUGAUAGCGAGACAUUCCAAAUCACUUUUACACUGGCCACUUGAAUAAAUAAGCGUCAUCAAUGACAGGCUGAGUCUCUCAAAGCUCGGCUUUCAGGCUCAUCAGAAGCGCCAUGACCAACUUGAGAUUGCUUCUUUGCCUCUUUAUUUCCCUUACCAGGCAUUCGAAUGGAGGCUUCAACCAGUUUAACGAUCCAACACCACGCGAGCAAAUCACCUUCCUAAACGUGGGUGAACAAUGGCCCAGCAACAAACAUGAGCUCGAUCUCAUCCACCCGCGAGUUCCUAUUCUCGGGCCCGAGGACGACAGGUACCAUGAGAUGGUGUCUCCGAGCUCAAUCUACAUUGUAGACAUACCACUCGGCAGGGAUCAGUGGAGCAAUGAGAGGUACUGGAUAAAGCCAAAAGAUCGCGAGAUGCAUCAAAAUGACUACGAGCAUCACCAGACGCUAAUGCAGCCGAACCUUGACCGCGAACUGACCAAACUGGCACUGUGGGUGUACAACGAGUGGAAGGGACAAGUUCGCAUCCAGAUCACCAAAGCAUGGCAGAGAAACUGCCAGAAGAUAAUGCUGGAAGUUCUUCAUUGCGAAGGGAGAGCAGUGGAUAUCCAGUUGUAUCACAAUUACGAUCCGGAGACAUAUGGGCUGGUUGCUGGCAUGGCCACAAAGUCUGGGUUCCAUUUCGUGAAAAGAGAAACGCCGUUCUCUAUACAUCUUUCAAUUGGAUAUGAAAGACCCGACCAGAGCAAGGGAAGACUUUCAUGCUUCCCGUCUACUUCACUGGUUCUCCUUCCGAACGGAGAGCAGAAACUUCUGUCUGAACUAAAUAAAGGCGACCGAAUUCUAACGUGGGACGAACACAACCAGAUGACAGUUUCUACUACAUUCUUGUCAUGGCUUCACAAAGACAUCAACCAGACGUCUUAUUUCUUGGAAAUAACUCAUGAACAUGGCACUAUUACUGUCACGCCUGAACAUUACAUCUUCUUGUAUAACGGGAAUCAGAUAUUCGCGGGACAACUUUCAGUUGGCGCAUCAAUUCGUUUUUUCGACCAAAGAGGUGGAAGCGUCCAGUCAAAAAUUAUAUCUUUAGAAGGGAAACGAUUUAACGGCGUCUACGCUCCUCUAACUAACGACGGAAACUUGAUUGUUGACAGAGUGCUAUUUUCGAAUUAUGCUAUCGUUUCCAAAUCGUCUUUUGGUCGAAUUGCUUUAUUCCCGUUCACCCAUAUAUUACCACAAUCUGUGAUAAAUGAUGCAAUUGUGAAAAUCUAUGUUGAAAAUCUUUAUCAAUUCGUAAAUAUGUUCUUCGAUCACUUAAUUUAA